ACACACACAGCGAGCGGGCGGGCAGGAGGUGGUUCUGCCGGUCUCCUUUUCUGCUGCAGCCAGCCCAGCGUGCGGGCCAUGGGCCCUGCUGGCGGGUGAGGCAGCCGCUGGGCAGGCAUGUUCGGAAGCCCAGGGCCUGGGAGCCUGGGGGCCCAGGGCAUGGCGGGACCCCUGCGGGGCCGGGUGGAGGAGCUGAAGCGGCCGUGGUGGCGGGAGAGCUCACCGCUGGUGCUGCGGCACAGCGAGGCGGCCCGGCUGGCGGCCGACGCCCUCCUGGAGCGGGGUGAGGCUGCCUACCUGCGGGUCAUCUCCGAGGAGCGGGAGCUGCCCUUCCUGAGCGCCCUGGAUGUGGACUACAUGACCAGCCAUGUGCGCGGGGGCCCUGACCUCAGCGAGGCCCAGGGGCAGGAGGCCUCGGGGCCAGACCGCCUCAGUCUGCUCUCCGAAGUCACCUCAGGCACUUACUUCCCCAUGGCCUCUGACAUAGACCCCCCAGACCUGGACCUGGGCUGGCCCGAGGUGCCACAGGCCACGGGCUUCAGCCCCACCCAGGCCGUGGUCCACUUCCAGAGGGACAAGGCCAAGAACAUCAAGGACUUGCUGCGCUUCCUCUUCAGCCAGGCCCGCACGGUAGUGGCUGUGGUGAUGGACAUAUUCACUGACAUGGAGCUUCUGUGUGACCUCAUGGAGGCCUCGAGCCGGCGUGGUGUCCCUGUGUACCUGCUCCUGGCCCAGGAGCACCUGAGGCACUUCCUGGAGAUGUGUUACAAGAUGGACCUCAAUGGGGGGCACCUGCCGAACAUGCGUGUGCGGAGCAUGUGUGGGGACACAUAUUGCAGCAAGGCUGGCCGCCGCUUCACGGGGCAGGCCCUGGAGAAGUUCGUCCUCAUCGACUGUGAGCAGGUGGUGGCAGGCAGCUACAGCUUCACCUGGCUUUGCAACCAGGCCCACACUAGCAUGGUGCUGCAGCUCAGGGGCCGCAUUGUGGAAGACUUUGACCGGGAGUUCCGCUGCCUGUAUGCCGAGUCGCGGCCUGUGGAAGGCUUCUGCAGCGGUGAGGACCCGCUGUCUCCCCGGGCACUGCGUCCUCCCCCCGUGGCCCUAGCCUUCAGGCCUGGCAUCCCAAGCCCCACAUCGUCCCCGCCCUCCAGCACCAGCCUCAGUAGCAUCAAGCGGUCACCACUUACGGGUCUCUCCUCCUGCCUCGCUCUACCAGGAGGUGGUGAUUGCAGUGACAUGGGCAUGGGGUCCUCGUCUCUGGGUCCCGCCCGCCAUGAGGCCCAUGGCCAACCCUCCCUGCAUCGCCAACUGUCAGACCCUAACCAUGGCUCCCCUCCUGGGCUCUAUAGGGCCAACCUGGGCAAGCUAGGAUCAUACCCGUGGUCCCAGUCCUCCCCUGCCCUCAACCAUAAUAGUGCCAGCCCCUUGACCUUGGCAGUGGGGUCCCCUCUGCUUCCUCGCUCCCGGCCCCUCCUCCAGUUCCACUGGGGUGUCCCAGCUAUGUCCCGGUUCCCAGAGAAUGGGCUCCCAGGAAGCCAAGAGCCCAGCCCCCUGCGGGGUCGAUGGGUACCUGGCACAGCCCUGGAGACAGUGGAGGAGAAGGAGAAGAAGGCAUCUCCAAGUCAGAGCCGUGGCCAGCUGGAUCUCCUUGUCCCCUUCCCCAGAGCCCGAGAAGUGAGAGACCCUGACUCUGGGGCUACCCCCAACUCAAGCCCCCUUCGGGCUGGCGAGCAGGCCCCAGAGGACAGGAGGUUGUCCCCAAGCCAGGCCAACAGCCAGCUGGAUCUUCUGUCCCGAGCCCUGGGUACUGGGGGUGCCCCUGAGUCAGGUUCCCUCAGACCUGGUGAUCGGGCCCUGGAGGACAGGAGGAUGUCCCUAAACCAUAGCCAUGGCCAAUCAGACCUCCUGGUGCAGUACCCCAAGGCCCAGGGCUCCAGAGUGCCCCUUGAAACCAACUCCUCAGUCAGACCUGCCAGACAGGGUCCAGAUGAGCGGCGGCAGACCCUGGGACACAGCCAGCUGGACCUCAUCACAAAGUUCGGCCCAUUCCGGGGUGAGGGGCCUGGGCCUAAUGGUCUUCCAAUACCAAGCCCUGCUCGCACGACUGGAGUGGGGUCUGGGGAUGAGAAACGGCUAACCCUGGGCCACAGCAAGCUGGACCUCAUCACCAAGUAUCAUCAGUUGCAAGGUGCCAGGCAGGCACCCGAGCCUGGGGCUCCCAAGGGUGGCCAUCUCAACGGUGGUAACAGUGACCUGGUCAGGGAUGAGAAACGGCUGACCCUGGGUCACAGCAAACUGGACCUCAUCACUAAGUACAACAAGUCCAAGUUCAAGCAGCUCCGAAGCCGCUUUGAGUCCUAGCCAAAGGACUGGCGUGGGGGUGCACUGGCAAGGGCAGGCCCCUCCUCUGUCCACCGAGACUCUGGACUUGCUCAGGUCCCAGACUGGGGAAGGGAGGUGUCUAGAAGCCCAGGUCAGACGCACUCUCUGGGCUCAAGAUUCUUGUGUACACACACACACACACACACACACACACACACACCCCAGUAUAUUCUUGAAUCUAGGCUGUGUUUCCAGCCCUGUGCUGGGCAUACCAUAGAGCUGACAGGUGGGUCGACUCAGACCUGGGGACAGAGAUGAAAUGCACAAGCUGCUGGAGAAGGGGUCAGAGCGAUAACAAGUUAAAGGUUAACCAGUGACAGAGGGUGUUAGAAAACAAAGGGCAGAGAGUCAUGGAGAAGGUGGAGUAGUCAGAAAAGUUUCUUAGAGGAGAUGGAGGUGGUCUUUGAGCCAGGCCUUGAAGGAUGGGGAGGUUUUGGACAGAGGGAGGAGAGAGUUAGAAAAAUUUUUGGUAGAGGGAAUCAGGUGAAGAGACACCCUAGAGAGGACUGAGUGGAUCUGACGUGAAUGAGGGAGGAGGAGCAGAGUAUGUCGAUACACAACCCCCCCCACACACACCAUCAUCAUCAUCAUCAUCAUCAUCAUCAUCAUCAUCGUCAUCAUCUUGCUGAGUGUCUCUUGAAGUACAGGCUGUGACAGGUUGUGGGCCAUUUUCCUGAACUCACCACUUGCCCAGGACAGUAAACAUGAUACACAUCAAUAAAGGCAGACUUUAUU